AUGGAUAACCAUGACUUGUUCAAAAACCAAACCGAAUUAUUGAAAACAACCGUUGUGCAACAAACAGCGUGUUCGAGUACGACGUCGUAUGGUAACCCUAAUGUAACCCGCCCUAAUUUGAGAAUUCCUUCAGAACUCCAAACCACUCGCCUCCUUUGCUCAUCCAGAACUCCAGAGUCCAAACCACUUUCUCUCUCUUCAGUCUUCACUGCUGCAGCCUGCCACAAUGCCACUCGCCGUCGCGGCCUUCGCCCUAAACCCUUUCUUAUUCGCGACUUCCUCCAACUAACGUUCAGAAACCGCUCGCCGCUCGCAGUUUUCGGAUUUCAGUCCGCCUUCGCUCGAUUCGUCGCUGGCUUCUCCGUAAUUCUUCCGUUCUUCUUCUUCGCCCUUUGCUCUGCUCCUCCGCCGCCCUCUGCAGUCUUCUCCCACCCACAACACACUCUCUGUUUAUAUCUCUCUGUCAGAAGGCUUCUACCAGUUUCCAUUGGCUCUCAACGAUUCUCAGAAGCAAAAUUUCAGUUUCCCUCUCAAGCUCUUCGACAUUACACAGAGUCUCUGCUGGAGUGUCUGUUUCUAGAGCUACCAAGAUUCUAUUUGUCUCCUCCUCCACAGUUUAUCGCCUUUUUUUUCACCUUGAAGCCAUUUGCUACAUUCAGAUUUGAUUCCCGCAUCAAUUGUGCACAAACACGUCACAUGAAGGAGGCGGUCUAGCCGGGAUCAACCCGUACAUCGUCUGAAUCAGUUUAUGACUCAGGUAUUCAAGUUCUGGAAAAGAAAAGAACACAAUAGUGUGAAAUGAAAUUUGAGCAAUCUCAGCUCUGGCAGCAUCCUUUGGCAUGCUCUGAAUUGUGUAAAAUAGUAAAGAAAUGUCAGUUUUCAUGGGCUGCAAACGUUGUACCUAGAGUGAUAUGUAGCGCUUAUUUAAUAAAAAAAAGAGGCCAGUGUUGUUUUGAUAUCUGAAAUAUUCAAGAUAAUGACACUGCAUUUGCUUGUUCUUUUCUAAAGAUGACGAUGUAUCAGCGGACGCGACACACAAGCUCUCUCUCAUACGGAAAAUAAAUGGAUGAGAUUGAAAAUAGAAGAUCUAACAUUUUUAGAAAUUAAAUCUAUGGCUAAAACACGAGUCACUGAGUGCUACAUUGCAUUGAAGUUGGACUCCAAAUGAAGUAUAUCUAUCGUUUAGAGUUUCAAAUGCGUAGGUUUUGAGCAAGUGAUUUGAAAAAAGAAAGGGUUACCUAUGAGAAUUAUUAUUGGUACUUCUUUUACAUCUAGUAAGUUUAAAGCGCACAAUUAUAUUUUUAGAGUGUCAAUAACAGUUAUCGUUCUUGGUCUGGUAGUAUUUCUCUUCACCUAGAAAUGAGAGGUCUUAAGCUCAAAUCUAGUGGAUGGUGAAUUUCUAGGUCUUAGGCUCAAAUCUAAUGUAUAACGUAUUUAAUAACAAAUUAGGUUGUUUAUUAUAUGACUUAGCCGCACUUUCUCUUCUCGUUGUGUAAAAAUAUUAUCGAUGUAAUAAAAAUAAAAAUAAAACAGUUACUGUUCUUAUUUGGGCCGUGUUUAUCAUGCCGAUUUUAACCUAUGCAUUCAUUUGAAUGAAACUGAUUAAAUUAAUUUAAUUAGUUGAUUGUUUAUUUUCACGUAUAUAUUUUUAAUAAUUAAAAAAUAUUAAAAAAUUCAGGAAAAAAAAAA